ACGAAUGGCAAGAACUGCAAGGCCAUUAGCGGAGCGCAAUGGUUGAGGGAGAAGAAGGUAAAGGAUUUAAUGGUGGAGAAGAGGAGACUGGUAGAGGUUCCCUACACGGCCUCCCUGGCCCACACCCUGAACGCCCUGGUGGCCAACAGUGUGGUGGCGAUCCCUGUGGCUGCGCCGCCGGGUCAGUGGAUCGGCGCCGGUGGAUCAAUGAUCAUGCUGUCUGACAAGAACACCGGUGCAGUACGGAAGCACUACAUCGGCAUGGUCACCAUGCUUGACAUCCUUGCUCACAUCGCCGAUCAACUCUCCGAUUCCAUUAAUGGCGACGAACUCGAUUUGGAUAAGCGUAUGUCUGUUCCUGUCUCUUCCAUCAUCGGCCAUUGCCUUGAAGGUCUCAGCCUCUGGACCCUCAAUCCUCAUACCAGUGUUGUAGAUUGUAUGGAAAUGUUCAGUAAAGGAAUCCACCGUGCUCUGGUUCCAGUGGAGAGUCACAUGGAGCACAUCUCUGGAGUGGAACUGGCAGAGUCUGCAACCAGUUAUCGAAUGCUUACUCAAAUGGAUAUCUUGCGUUUCUUAAAGAGACACGCAGCUGAGGCACAGGGAAUUCUCUCUCGCUCUGUUGGGGAAUUGGGAGCAGUUCCUGAAUACGUUUUUGGUGUAACUAAUCGCACCAAAGUCAUGGACGCCAUUAAAUGCAUGAGGACUGCUGCUCUACAUGCUGUCCCCAUUGUUGAGGCCUCAGCAGAAGACCUCCAAGAAGAUCACAAGCAACUCAUAAAUGGAAAGGGCAGGAAGCUAAUGGGGACAUUCUCUGCAACCGAUUUGAGAGAAUGUCCAAUCUCUUUGUUGCAGUCCUGGUUGUGUAUCGAUGUUAUGGAGUUCACUGAGAAUGUAUCAACAACUUGGACCGUUAAUGCCUCAGGUGAAUUGGGGCAUUCACCAAAGGAGUUGGUGACUUGCUACCCAGACAGAAGCUUGGGCGAAGUGAUUGAAAAGGCUGUGAAUGGACAAGUGCAUCGAGUCUGGGUUGUGGACAAACAAGGAUUGCUUGUAGGGAUUGUUUCCCUCACUGACAUUCUUCGAAUGAUAAGGGUCUCACUGUCAUCCCUUUAGUGAUCUUGAGCUAUGUGAACUUUAAUUGUAGAAGCUCCUGUACUGCUGU